AGAUUAUUUGGAGGAAGAGGAGUGCUAGGGGCCACGUUAAACCCCCAAGCAAGAUUGGCGUCCUUCAAUUUUAUCUUUGUUUUUGUUUUUGAUCGGCUGAAUUUUCAGAUUGCAUCUCCAAUCAUGUUUUCCCUCUGUUUCUAACUUUCUUUCCAUCAAAAUAUCUAGAUAACUCUGUCUUUCCCUGUACAAGGUUUUAUAGAAUCUGUUGAAAAACAUAUAAAGAAAAAGUUUAGAAUAAGGUUUACCAUACCAGGAUAUUAUAUAUUGGAGAAGUACCUUGAAAUGAUUAAUUAUUUUGUUGGUGGACCAUUUUCCAUUAGGUUAAUAAGUGGUUUUGGACAAUGCCAUUCUGGUUGUUGAUGAUGAGCGCAUUUUCUGGAUUCUUUGGACUUCCACAUCAAUGAUUGCUUCUUAUUUUUCGCUUUCUUCUUUUGGCUGCUAUAUGCUACUUUGUCUUGUGAAUGAUAACUAUAAUAAUGAGUGCUUUAUAGCUUAACACAACCCCACCAAGUACAUUUGAUGCAUAAUUGAUUUGACGAUUAAUAUUUCAAACUUGAACUGUCUAAAAAAUCUGUGAUUUUUGCCAAGAAAAAAGGAAUUGUCUCAAGGACUGCAAUUUGAUUGUUUUUCUAUAUAGUGUAGUCUUAUUUUCGUUUUGAUUUGUUCUUAUAUUGCCACCUUCUAAGUAUGUGUUAAGAUUGUUAAUGUUACUAUUAUUAAUAUUGUCAAGUUUAUAUUUUUCUAACGCCUGAAUAUAUAAUGCUAUAAUAUCCCGAGUAACGUUCCUCAAUUUCUUUUCGUAUAAUGCUAUAAUAUCCUAGUCUUAGCCUUAACUUUGAUGCAUGUAGUUGUGUGAUCCCAACCCCUUUUUUUCCAAUAAAUUCUGUUCUUUCUGAUGGACUGAUACAUCAUCUGAGAGAUGCACAAGCUGACUUUUCUUGUUCUGAUGCAUUUUUCUCAGGAAAUUUGAAUAUGAAAUGAUAAUGCGAUUGUGGGAGGUCUUAUGGACACAUUAUCUGUCAGAGCACCUGCACCUGUAUGUGUGUGUUGCAAUUUUGAAGCGCCAUCGCAGCAAGAUAAUGAGAGAGCAAAUGGACUUCGACACCCUUUUGAAAUUCAUUAAUGAGUUGAGCGAUCAUAUUGACCUGGAUGCAAUCCUCCGGGAUGCAGAAGCUUUCCUUCCAUUUGCUUUCAUUUGCAUUACAUUUCAGCCUCAUUUCACCAACAUUUCAUCAACAUUUUGCAACAUAGGUUGCUACACUUUGCUGCUAUCGUGCUUUGGUACAACUCUCCCUUCUUUUCAUUUUGCUGCUACUUGUGUAGCUCUCUUUCCAUUUGCUGCCACCUGUGCAGCCUUCUUUCCAUUUGCUGCUACUUGUGUAGCUUUCUUUCCAUUUGCUGCCACCUGUGCAGCCUUCUUUCCAUAUGCUACCUCUUGUGUAGCUUUGACACCACAACUCCAACACUCAUCCUUGGUGUUAAAGCUGAGGAUAACAUGACAUUAACCAAGCAUUUGGAAUCUGACAUUUGUGCAAUUCUUUAUGCUUUGGUUUUGAUUUUUUGUUGCUGCUAAAGCAUCUCCUUUAGCAUAUCAGCUCCUCCUUCAAUGUUGCAGCUUCAUCUUGCUUGAAUUUGCCUCUUUCACAAAUUUUUGAAGCCUUGCCGAGCUUUCUUGUAAGUUGCUUAGUUUUCUUCUUUUAAUCU